AUGGCCAGCGAGCAUCGAUCUUUGCGGAAACGGCAGUCCAUUCUGCCUGACCGCGCGGGGACGGUAGGCUCAGCGCGAGUCAACCAAAACUUUACUGCCCGCAACCGCCGAGGAGGGCUGCUAGCCCCGUCGGGCGGGGUGCCGUUGCUCGAGGUUCCUGAAGAGACCAACGACGGCCCAGAGGGUGGUACACUAGAGUUUGCCCCCAAUAGAUUGAAUCCACAAAAGCGUGGACACGCACGUGUGCCAUCUGCGAUGUCAAUGGCGCCGCGAGCGGUGUCUAGAGGGGGCCCAGAAAUGUCCGAUCUUGCACCGGAUUUGAAUGACGCUGCCCUGGAAAACGAGCUGAAGCUUGAUAGAGCAUUGCUGAACACUUCAUUUGAUGCUCGUAGUCAUAUUGCUUUGAGGCUAGCUGACGCCAGUCCAGAGGAAAUCGCUGCCUACGCGGACAGUUUGAAAUCACAAGUUGCAGAGUUGUCGCAAAGAGAGCAGGCCGCUAUGCAACGAAAUCAUCAGACGAUGCUUCAGGCUGCUCGUGAGAUUACCGCUUUACCCUCAAAGGUUGCUCAACUCCGCAAACAGGCUGUUGACUUGGCAAACAUCAGCAACGCUCUCCGGGAAGACAUUGAGGCUCAACAGGCAAUUAUGACCCGUUCUCAAAGCCAGGGUACCUUGGAUACGCCUGCGGGACACGCACCAGGUGCUGUAUCUGGCUCAGUAGGUGCUUUAAACGGUGGGAGUGUGUCUCGCAGAAAUCGUAACUCCAUGCUGAUGUUGAAUAACGCUUGGGCAGAGGACCUUGUGGCAUUGUUCCGUCGCGUUGAAGGUGCUCAGCGGUUUCUUCCUUCUAUCCCUGGCCGUCAUGUGCUCUUAGAAUCUCAAGGUUGGAGUGAACUCAACUCUGUGACUUGGCAAUCGGUCAAGCCUAUGGUUCUUUUCUUGCUCAACGAUCACCUGUUGGCAGCUACGCAAAAGCGGCUACGUUCCUCUGCAGACUCGGCUGGUCAAAGAUUGCUGGUUGUAGACCGCUGCUGGUCGUUAAGUGACAUCUCUAUUCGCAAUUUGAACGCUGAUAGCGAUGCUGCGGCAGCUACCGCCGUGGCAGAUGGAAGGCAGGGCAGAGUAGUAGCCCAGGCUAUUCAGGUACGCAAUAGCGCCAACGGUGAAGUCGUCACUUUGCGGGCGGCCUCUUCUAGUGCUGCUGACUCGUUCACUGCUGAGUAUGAACGAGCGCGUGUGGCUUUAGCUGGCAUGGGAGGUCAUGCCCACCGACACAGCCGUCAAGCGUCAAUGGGUGAUCGUGUUCGUCAAGGAUCUGUUGCUGGAACAAGUCAUGCAGCAGUCGAAGUACAAAGGGAAUCUGCCAAAGUUGUUGCCCAAAUCGAUAUCGAGCUAUCCCACCGCCGCUAUGCUUCUGCGGUCAAACUGAUUCAAACGUACAGUGAUUCUGAGACAGUAGCCGAGGCAGUUGAGAUCCGGCGCAAAGCGCUCGUCAAACUGUUAAUGGAGCGAGCGAAAAUGCGCCAAACAGACAAAUUACAGCAAGCGGAAGUCAUCAAACUUCUCGGUCAACUGGGGCUCGACGUUGAGGCCCGCACGACAUACCUGGCUGGCCGGGCAGAGCAUAUUCGCGAAGCAGCAGACAAAGUACAUUUCCAUGGUGAUAUUGUCAACUACGUGUCACAAAUCGCAAUUGUGUAUUUCCAGCUCAUCCUCGCCACAGUCGAGGUGUACCGAAAGGCAUACCCCGAGAAAACAUACUCAAGCAUCAUUGUGGAGUGGACCAAAAAGCAGGUGGAUGCCUAUGUCGAGAUAUUCAAUCGCCAGUUGCACCGCAUCGGCAACCAGACGCGUAUUUACCAACAGUGUGUGGAGAUCACGCGUACGGAGUCUGCUCAACUUCAGGACCUCGGUCUUGAUAUGGACUUCUUGCUGUCAUAUGUAUGGAGUUAA